AAAUCCGCGCAUUUAUACGUUCUCUGUAUCGUCUGACCCAUUCGCUUGUCCAUCAUACUCACGUCGCGAUGGAAUUAUUUUCGUCUUUACUUUCGUCGCCCUUCGGGUUGUUACUGACUACUCUGGUCACCAUUGGUUUUUUAAAAUUUGUCACAUCAGUGUAUCGCGCACUUAUUUAUUGGAAGAAUAGGGGUGUUCCUCAACCCGGUGCGUGGUCUUUUGUUACGGCUGCGAAGUUAUUUCUGCGUCGUACGUCUUUUGCCGAGCAUAUCAUUGCUAUAUACAAUUUAGUUCCGGACGUUAAAUAUUAUGGAACAUGGGAUAUGAACAGACCUGCCAUAUUUCUGCGAGAUCCUGAACUGAUCAAGGAUGUGAUGGUAAAGCAGUUUGAACAUUUCCAUGAUCAUCGCAAUUUCAUAGAUGAAAGGGUGGACCCGUUAUUUGCGAGGAACAUCUUUUCUUUGCGCGGAGAUCGCUGGAGAGAAAUAAGAAAUACUGUAAGUCCCACUUUCACUACCAGUAAGAUGAAAGUUAUGUUUGACUUGAUAUCAAAAUGUUCUACUGAUUUCGUCAAUUAUUUGGUCGAUCAUCCGGAACUUUGCGAUGAAGUUGACACGAAGCAGAUCUUUCGACGAUAUACCAAUGACGUAAUCGCUACAACGGCUUUUGGCAUAAGCGUGAAUUCUAUGAAAGAUCAAAACAACGAAUUCUACUUGAGGGGAAUAGAGGCCAGCAAAACUUUCAGUGGAUCGCUAAUGUUGUUCAAGUUCAUGUUUAUGACUUCAUUUCCACGUAUAGCCAAGUGGCUCGGUAUGACUGGAUUCGCAUCACCGUCUAUGGCUAAAUUUUUUAAGAGAAUUGUUGAAGAGACUAUCAGAACUCGAGAGGAGCAAGGCAUCGUCAGGCCGGAUAUGAUUCACAUACUAAUGCAAGCUCGCGACAAGGAUCCUGAUAACCAAAAAGUGACAUUAGACGACAUUGUUGCGCAAGCUUUUGGUUUUUUCUUAGCCGGUUUUGAUACAACCUCGACACUGAUGUGUUUCGUCGCUCACGAGUUGGCGGUUAAUCCAGAGGUUCAAGAUCGCUUGCGCGAGGAAGUGGAGCAGCAUCUUGACGAAAGAAAGGAGAUUUCUUAUGAAGCGCUAUCAAAGAUGACUUACAUGGACAUGGUGCUUUCCGAGACGCUGCGAAAAUAUCCACCAGCUGUCAUGACCGAUAGACUUUGCACUAAGAGUUUCGAACUGCCUCCAUCGAAACCGGGUUGUAAGAGCGUUCUCAUCGAAUCAAAUACCGUAAUGUUAAUACCUAUUUACGCUUUCCAUUAUGAUCUCAAGUACUUUCCGAAUCCAAAUAAGUUUGAUCCCGAAAGAUUUAGCGAAGAAAAUAAAGAAAACAUUGUUUCACAUACCUACUUGCCUUUUGGAGAGGGACCCAGAAAAUGUAUCGGCAAUCGAUUUGCUCUCAUGGAGACCAAGAUUCUGAUUGCUCAUUUUUUGCAAAAAUUUAUACUAAAGAGAACGAGAAAGACUAUCGAGCCAAUCGUAUUCGAUAGGAAAGAGUUCAACUUGCUACCUCAAGGUGGAUUUUGGAUUAGCUUGGAGAAAAAAGAACCGUCGUGAAUUUAUGUGAUAGAGUAAUUAUGUUUGAUAGUAGCAAAGCAUUAUUUACGCAUUUACAUUUUUCAGGAUUUAAUUAUAUAUAAUUUUUUGUCUUUUGAGGGUUCUUGAAGUUUAAGAUUUAUUUGCACAUUAUCAUUGUGCCAUUUUGAUAUUAAAUUAAUUUAAUAUUAGGUAUUCGUUUUAUAUAUUAG